CUGUCACUUCCAUCUCAUCCCAGGAUCCGCGACCCCGGUCCAUCUUGACUGCGACCCUGUCCAUCUUGAUCGCGACCAAUCGCCACGAUGGUCUCCACACGUCUCUCUACACUCGCCAUACUGGCCGGUCUUACAGCCCUUGCCCUUGCAGCAGAAGAUAGACCUCGUGGAAACUUCAGGCAGUGCACCGAAGUCACACCUCAGUGCCCUGCCAUCGCAUCAACAUACGGCUACUACCCCAUCCUAAGCGUCAACGCCUUCCUCCUUGCCCUCUUCGCCCUCUGCUGCCUGAGCUCCCUAGUUGUCGGCAUCUGGACAAAAACAUGGACCUACACCAUCGCACUGGCCGGAGGAACACUGCUUGAAACCGCCGGCUACGGCGGCCGCAUCCUCAUGAACGGCAACCCGUGGAGCGACUCCGGCUUCCGCCUGCAAAUCGUCUGCUUGAUCCUGGGCCCCUCGCUGAUCGCCGCCGCCAUCUACCUCACCCUCAAGCACUUUGUGCUGUACUGCGGCCCGCAGUAUUCGCCGCUCAAACCGCGCCUGUACCCCUGGGUCUUCAUCGGCUGCGACAUUGGGUCGAUCGUGCUGCAGGCGUGCGGCGGCGGCAUCGCCGCGUCCGGCGGGAACACCAACAUCAAGCUGCUCAACGCGGGCAACAACCUCAUCAUCGCGGGUAUCGCGUUCCAGGUCGCCACCAUGGCGGGGUGUGGGGUGCUUGUGCUGGUGUACAUCUGGAACUACCGCAAGGGCAGAGCUGUGAAGGGCCAGGUGCACGAGAAGAGCGCGUACCAGCUCGGCAAAGACCAGGGUACCGUGUCGCUCGGGAAGAUCAAGCUGUUCGCUGCUGUUGUGUGUUUGGCGUACGCCACCGUGCUUAUCCGCUGCAUCUACCGGUUGCCGGAGAUGGCGGGCGGUUGGGGUAACCCGCUGAUGCGCAACGAGAAGGAGUUUUUGCUGCUCGAUGGCAUGAUGAUUGGUAUUGCGUGCACUGGCCUUACCGUGUGCCAUCCGGGCUUCUUCUUCCCGCCAUUCGCGGCGUUCCGGGGUGGUAAGAGGAGGACUGAUUCCGAGUCGACGUAGGCGCUUGAUCGAGAUAGACACUUGCACUAGAUACUAGGGGCAACGCUUUUGUGGCCUUUCAGUGCUUGCUUAAUUAUAGACACCGUUGCCCGUCGUGGUUGGCGGUACCUACCAGUCUAACAUCUUUUCAUGAUAGGUAGAUGAGCAUGUGUAAUCCUUUUCUAAUCAAAUUCAUA